AUGCGGCUCGCUUAUUUUGAAGGCGAUCGAGGGACAGGUAUGGGUAUACUUAAGCUGGCUACUGCGAUACAAAAGGAAAUACCUGGGACAUAUGUCAAAUGCAUUACCACUAGUGACUCAGUAAUUGAGGAUAUUGAAGAUACAUAUUUCAUGCCAAUCAACGAUCAAUUGGAUUAUGUUUGUCGCAUGAUACAUGAAGACAAAAACUUAUCUAAUGGUUUACAUAUGAUUGGUAUAUCACAGGGUGGAUUAUUUGUUAGAGCGUUAGUCCAAAAAUGCAAUUUCUCGAAAGUUGGCACCGUUGUUUCGAUUGGAGGACCUCAACAGGGUAUAUUUGGGAUUCCGAAAUGCAUUAAUGAUGGCUUUAUUCAUCUAUGCUUAUUAAUGAACGAGCUACUUUCAUAUGGAGCCUAUAUAAAUUUUAUUCAGAGCCACCUUGUUCAAGCUCAAUACUGGCAUGAUCCAUUGGAGGAAGAUGUCUAUCGCAAAUACUCCCAAUUUUUAGCUGAUAUUAAUCAGGAAAACGAAAUAAACGAAAUUUAUCGUAAAAAAAUGAAAAAUAUUCAAAGAUUAGUAUUGGUAAAGUUUUCGGGUGAUACUAUUGUAAUCCCCAAAGAAUCUGAAUGGUUUGGAUUUUAUCAGAAUGGAUCGUCGACAAAUACAACAACGUUACAAGAGAGCAUUCUGUAUACUGAAGAUCGUCUAGGUCUUAAAGAACUUGAUAAAAGGGGUGAUUUACAUUUUAUUGAAAAAGAUGGUGAUCAUUUACAUUUUGAUGUGAAUUGGUUUAUUGAAAAGAUUGUUAUUGCUUUUUUGAAAUAA